AGAGAGAGAGAGAGAGAGAGAGAGAUGAGCAAUGAGAGCAAGAGGGUGUGUUUUGGAGAUGACAAAGACGACGUCGUUGGAAGGUGGGAGGGGUUGAACCCAGAGAUACUAGCUCUGAUAUUCGUACGAAUACCGGCUGACCAGAUAGUGGGGGUGGUGUCUCUGGUAUGCAAGUCGUGGCUGGAGGUGGUAGCAGGGCCGUACUGCUGGGCGGAGAUCGAUGUCGAGAGGUGGUGUCGCCGCUGUGACCGCUCCGACCUGAUAGACUCCGCAGUACGGAAACUGGUCCGUCGCAGCAAGUGCACUUUUAGGAGACUCUCGGCUUACGGGCUCGGCAAUGCCGGCUUCUCCUUCGCUGCCAACUGUGGACAAUGCCUCAAGGUCCUGGAAAUUCCAAUGAGUGAGAUCACUGACCAGAUGAUAGAGAAGCAUGCUGCAUUACUUGCUAACUUGACUGUCCUGGACAUUAGCUAUUGCUUGGAAGUCACAUUCAAAGGGCUUGAAGCAUUCGGAAAGCAAUGCAAGUCCCUGAUUCACUUGAAAAGGAAUAUGCCGCCACCCUCGUGGGGGUACCCCGCAGAAAUUUUUGCUCCAACAACUGAUGAUAGUGAGGCAAUGGUAAUAUCUGAGACAAUGACAGGGCUCCACUCUCUCAAACUUGGUUUUAGCCGCCUCAGUGACCAUGGUCUCGAUGCUAUCCUAUCCAAUUGUAAGGCACUUACCCAUCUUGAUAUACAAGGAUGUCGGGGUGUGGAUUUGGACGGAGAUCUUGAAGACAGGUGUGGAAAACUAGUGAGUUUUGAGAACCCUUUUAUGGAUUACUUUGACAGUGAGGGAUCUUCAGUCAAUGACAGCAGUGGAGCUGAUGAUGAUGAAGAGCCCUCUUCCUCAGAUUUGGAGUAGAUUGUUGCUUGCUUCGUUUGGUGGUAUAAUGUUGAGAUCACAUAUAGUCAUACAUACUUGGAUACGGUGUUCUCAGUUCUGGUAUGCAAAGUUUUUGUAGAUAUAAACCAUGGGAAGUAUUUGGUUUCCUUGUGAUGGGGUAUAGGCUCAAAGUUUUCAUAGAAAUUUACUGAAACUUCUCUGUUGUCUUUUUUUUUUUUUCUUUCUAGAAUUUGUUAUUUUGGAUUUAUUGUGCAUUGGAUAUACAUUAUGCUAUGAUCUUUGACUAUAU